CAUGGACGGUACAUCAUAACAGGAGUCUCAGAGAUAAGAGGGCUUCAGUCUCGGGUCGUUCAGGAUGAUGGACAUACAUAAGAAGGCUUUGAUCCGCACCUUCCACGAUGGAUAUCAUUGACUUUUGACUAAUUCAUCACGACGACCAUCUCGUAGGUCAACAAUAGAGGGUAUUUCGUAUACAUAUCUUAUACGACGCCUAUAUCAUUCUUCCUUUUGUAUCAACGUCGUCCUUUCCCACAAUCUACCAUGGAGAAAGAUUCAAAGGUCUCUCGUGCCUUGAAGGCCCUCGAAGUUCGUCACGAGCCUGGCCUCACCGACGUCCAACUCAUGCUCAACAACGACGACCUGAAGCCUGUCGAGAAAGAAAGAAGACAAUGGGGAGCCUGGCACUUUGUUGCCUUCUGGAUGGCCGACUCCUUCAACAUCAACACCUGGAUGAUCUCGAGUGCUAGUGUUCAAGAUGGCCUUUCAUGGUGGCAGUCAUGGAUCUGUGUUUGGAUCGGAUAUACCAUCGCCGCCGUGUUCGUCGUCCUCACCGGUCGUAUCGGAGCAAAAUACCACAUCUCUUUCCCUGUUGUCAGCAGAUCCAGUUUCGGUAUCUGGGGUGGCCUCUGGCCUGUCUUCAACCGUGCUGCCAUGGCCUGCGUCUGGUAUGGUGUACAAUCGUGGAUUGGGGGCACCUGUGUCUACCUUAUGAUCCGAUCAAUUUGGCCCAGCUGGGACAAGUAUGCUCUCGGUGGACCCAAGAACUCUCUGCCCGAGUCAUCAGGCACCAACACUCGCGACUUCGUUUCUUUCUUCCUCUUCUGGCUGUGCUCCCUGCCUGCAUUGUGGUUCCCCGUCCACAAGAUCCGCCACCUGUUCGCUGUCAAGUCGAUCGUUGCACCUGCAGCUGGCAUUGCUUUCUUCAUCUGGGCUAUCGUUAGAGCAAAGGGCCUCGGACCUAUCGUUCGCCAGCCCGCCGAAUUGCAUGGAAACGAACUCGCCUGGGCCAUAGUAAAGGGCAUCAUGAGCGCUAUUGCCAACUUCGCUGCCUUGAUCAUGAACAACCCCGACUUCAGCAGAUUCGCCAAACGUCCCGAAAGCGCCAUGCUUCCCCAACUCAUCACCAUCCCCGUCGGCUUCGCAGUAACCUCCUUCAUCGGCAUCAUCGUCUCCUCCUCGUCGGCAGUCAUCUACGGCUCACCCGUCUGGUCACCCCUCGACCUCCUCACGAACUUCCUCAACGACGCAAACGUUAGCGGCGCCACACGCUUCGGUGUCUUUGUCAUCGCCGCCGCCUUCUCCCUCGCUCAGCUGGGUACAAACAUCGCCGCCAACUCGGUGUCCGCAGGCACAGACAUGACCGCUCUGUUCCCUCGCUUCUUGUCCAUCAGAAGAGGAUCAUACAUUUGCGCCAUCGUCGGUCUCUGCAUGUGUCCUUGGAACUUGAUGUCCUCGAGCAACAACUUCACCACAUACCUCUCCGCAUACAGUGUGUUCCUGUCCUCGAUUGCCGGCGUCAUGGUCUGCGAUUACUACAUCGUCCGCAAGGGCUACCUGCAGGUUAGAAACCUUUACUCAGCAGACAAGACCGGACCUUACUACUUCACCUUCGGCAUCCACUGGAGAGCCUACGCUUCAUACAUUGCCGGUAUCCUCAUCAAUGUCGUCGGUUUCGCCGGCGCUGUUGGUCAAAAGGUCCCCAAGGGUGCAACUUACAUCUACGACUUGAACUACUUCUGUGGUUUCUUCGUUGCUGCAAUCACUUAUUGGUGCUUGUGCAAGGUGUCGCCUAUUCCCGCGACCAGCGAGACUUGGUUGGAGGUUGAUGAUGAUGGCGAGCAGAACAGUUUGGAGUAUGAUGGACAGUUUGAUGAGGAGGCCAUGGGUGAGAUUGAUGGCAAGAAGGUUGAUGCCAAGGUUACGCAGUACUGAGGUGUUGAAGAGGAGUGCAUGCAUCGAGAUGCUGUCGUUAUGAGUUAUGACUAUUGGAUGUUUUGGGUUAAUGAUGUUGUUGAUUUGGUAAAUAUGAGGAUAGAUUAUGAGCCUCGUGUAGAGGAU